AGAGAUAUGAAGAAAUAAACAGGAAAUCCUGAAAUUUUUUGAAAACACGAUUCCGUCGUGACAGCAUCAAACGACGUCGUAGGUUGAAGCAGGAGGUAGGGUAAUGGAAUCGGAAGUGGAAAAGAAGGGUGGCGAGGAAGUGAUGAGCGAGGUCCACCUGGGUUGCCCACCCGAUUUCACCGGAUCCUAUAUUUCCCUUUUCACCAUUUCAUUUUCCGAUGUUUCUCGCACCACACACCUUCAUCCUUCGCAGCACAAUCCUUUACACGCUAACAAGCUUCAGUUAGAUCAAGAUGGUGACCUUCUUCUCCCUCGGCGACGCUCCACACAUACCCCAUUUUCAUGUAAUAGCUUUAGUGUCAGAAUCCAGCACAACAUCACAUCGACAAUUCCAAAUGUUGGCCUGCAGGUUUGGAAAGCGGAACUAGUAUUGUCAGAUUUUAUAUUGCAUAAAGAGUCAUGCUCCUCUGAACUUCAGGGAGUUAUUGCAUUAGAACUAGGCGCUGGAACUGGCUUGGUGGGUUUAUUACUAGCACGUGUUGCGAAUACAGUGUUCCUAACAGACUAUGGGACUGAAAUACUUGACAACUGUGCAAAAAAUGUUCAGCUUAAUUUUGGAUUAUUGAAUUAUCAAGCCAAAAUUCAUGUACGCGAACUUGAUUGGUUUAAUCUCUGGCCUCCAAAAGCAAAAAUAGAAGAGGCUCCUGGCGCUCAAAAGUAUUCUUGGACUUCUAAAGAAAUUGAAGAAGUAGAGAAUGCUUCUUUGCUGGUGGCUGCUGAUGUUAUUUAUUGUGAUGAGCUGACUGAUGCAUUUUUCAGUACGUUAGAGAGAUUAAUGUCAAGGGGUUCAGCGAAGGUGUUAUACAUGGCGCUGGAAAAGCGCUACAACUUCUCUCUUUCAGACCUUGAUGUUGUUGCAAAUGGAUAUUCACAUUUUCGAAGCUAUCUUAGGGAUGAGGAUGAAAUUGAAAGUUUUGAGUCUGUAAGCACGUCUAAUUUUGUUGGGAAGCGGAUAGACAUCUCUCAAAUUCCACAGUAUAUUGGAGAAUAUGAUAGAGGAAGUGAUGUUGAGAUUUGGCAGAUCAAGUACUUAAAAUCCAAACAUGAAGCCUCAGUUGCUCCUGGGUAAAAUUUUGAAGGGCAGAGGCUUUUGGCAAAAAUAAAAAUAUUAAAGAAAGUUUAUUUUUUAUUUAUUGAAAAUCAUGUUGGAAUGCAUAGGAAAUCACGGCAUGCGAACAUUUAUAACAUUUAAAAAUUAC